AAUUCAUUUUUCUUUUACAUCUUAUCCACACUAUUGCUUUUUGGCCUUAUUAUUCCUUCGAAUCAUGCGGGACAGAGUAAUAGUCAUUACAUAGGCACAUCCGGACGCACAUUCUUAACAACUUCGUUAGCCGCCCCUUGGCUUUAGUCCAUUCUAGUACGCAUAUAAAUAUCCUAGUUCCAUGCACACUACUCAUCACCCCAACUUAGAUGCUAAAUUUACUUGUAAAUCUUAGUAACUUACGGAAUAGAUAUGACUUCUACGCUCUUCAAUAUUUUCUUUGUAUUAUCUUUAGUCACCUCGGCCUUUUCUACCGGAAAUUUCUACCAAAAUAUCGACAUCACUUGGGGUAAUGGCCGUGGUAAAAUCCUAGACAAUGGCCAACUCCUUACGCUUUCACUCGAUAAGUCUUCUGGCUCUGGUUUUCAGUCUAAAAACGAAUACUUGUUUGGGAAAAUCGAUAUGCAAAUUAAACUCGUACCUGACAAUUCUGCUGGAACUGUAACCACCUAUUAUCUAUCAUCCCAAGGACCAGCACACGAUGAAAUAGAUUUUGAAUUCUUAGGUAAUGUUAGCGGGCAACCUUAUACUCUUCACACCAACGUCUUUGCCAAUGGAAAAGGUGGUCGAGAGCAACAAUUCCGGCUUUGGUUUGAUCCAACUGCCAAUUUCCACACCUAUUCCAUCCUUUGGAACCCUCAAAGGAUAAUAUUUUCCGUGGACGGUGGACCCAUAAGAGAAUUCAAGAACAUGGAAUCAAUUGGAGUUCCAUUCCCCAAAAGGCAAGCAAUGAGGGCUUACUCGAGUCUAUGGAAUGCAGAUGAUUGGGCAACACAAGGUGGUCGAGUCAAGACAAAUUGGUCUAAGGCCCCAUUUACAGCCUCUUAUAGAAACUACAAUGCAAAUGCAUGUGUUUGGUCCAACGGUAGAUCUUCUUGCAAAGGCCCUCAUGCGACCUCAGCUAGCUGGAUCAACCAACUGCUCGAUGGUAGGAGCCAAAACAGGCUCCGUUGGGUGCAGAAGAAUUAUAUGAUUUAUAAUUAUUGCACUGAUUUUCGAAGGUUCCCCCAAGGUCUUCCUAAGGAGUGUACUACUACUAUAUAAGUUCAAAGAAUCAAUUUUAUGCUUGGAUAGUGUAAUAUAAUUUUAAUAUAUAUAGUGAUUGUUUUUGUAAGAAAUUUUUUUGUGCGUAAAAAAAAUUAUUAUUUAUUCAAUUUGUAUAACAAAGAAGUAUGUAUGCAAUAAAAAUUAGUUAUUAUGUAUGUAUCUGAUAUUGGACACAAUCUUUAUUAAAAGAGUUUAAUUGUUAC